AUGUAUCGUAUUUUAAUAGUUAUUUCUAUACUAUUUUCUAUAUUAUGUCAGUAUCAUUCUUUCAAAUAUAAUCUCUCGCUGAAAGAAAAUGAAAGAAAGAAACUAUCGACUAAAGAAUCUAUAAAAUCUGUGAUAAAACCAAAUGGAAUAACAGCUAGUAUUACUACAAAGAAGGCAAUUAAAAUUCAAAGCAAUGUUUGCAAUUCUACCUUAGUCUAUCCAGAAUAUGCCCAUUCUACUCAGUGCUAUCCUCAAUUACAUAUCCAAUCUCUAUUUGUCCACAAAUCAUUUCCUAAUCCGCGACCACCAAUUAUGGAACGAGGGAUUGUUUAUUACUUGUAUACUCAAAACAGAUGUGGUGAAAAUCCAAGAUAUCUAAAGGAGGUGGAAAGGAACAGUGCAGCUGUUAAGGCAAAAGAUCCUAAUGCCAAAAUUGCUGUAGUUACUAACUGUGACAUACUUGCAUCAACUGCAAAGCUAAUUGAUGUGAUUGUCCCAGUUCAUAAUGAAGAUGUGGUGCAAACCAGUAAAAAGCAAUGGCUCACUCGUGUGUUGUACAAUGCUUAUCUUCCAUUCAAUUAUUCUUUUAUCACGGAUACUCAUGUUUAUCCUUGUGAUAAUAAGUCCUAUACAGAUAUCUUUGAUCAAUUCAAAAUAUCCAAGAUCGAUAUAUCGUUUUCAUGUAGAGUGAACCGUGGACCUUAUCCUUCUGGAGGAGCCGUAUUAUCAAAAUGGGGAAAAGGAAGUUAUGAAUUUUGGAUCAGAACCUAUAAACUCCAAGCACGAAAACACAUUUUUGAUGAUCAAAGUCCGAUGUAUUCAACCAUGAAAGAGUACCGAAACAAAUUGUUUUCAUUUAGAUGGUUGAGCAGUAACUAUUUUUAUGCUUCCCAUGGAAUUACGGAAAAGGGAGUAUUUUCAGGUCCUGCUCGUUGUUACAGGAGUUCAGUAAUUGUGACAGGUCCUUUACGAUGGAUUCAUGGAAGUCCAGAUGAAUGUGAAAUAAUGAAUGGAAAAGAUAGAGAACUAAUAAAUAAACCUAGAGCAUGGUUCUUAAGGGGCAUAUGCAAUACCACAGCCAAAGGAAUCAAAGUUAUAACAUCUAGUGCAGAAAUGAAGAAAGCCGUUUAUCCUUAUGAAGCACCCAAACUUGAUUGGGAUGUAGAUUACAAUAAGAAACCAAGAACAGAGUUAUUUUGGGAAUAUUGGCGUGUUUGUUUCAAUUCAUAA